UCAGUCAUUAUUUUAUAGAUAGAAUAUUUUAUAGAUUCUGUUUAGUGUGAUGUUUGAAGGUCUUCAGAUGAUGUCACAACCUUUCAGUUUUCAGAAGGUCCAAAUUAAAAUAAAUAAAUUAGCAAGUGUUUUUAAAGUGUUUAAACUCCUUCACAUUAAGAAACCGUGCAGAGGUGUUUACUCUGAUGAGGACACGCUUCAUGUUUGACGCUUUGGCCUAAGAAAUUCACCGACAGCAAACUGACAGCAGAGAAACUUUAUUUACACAGACACACAGAUGUUUCACACUAAUCCAGAUGUUUGAUUCCACAGAUGUUAGGGUCCUUCAUGAACUGUGGAUGUUUGUGCGUCACUGACAUAAAACCUGCAAACAAAAGUUUAUAUUAACGGCUCACGUCUGUAGCUCAGCUCAGAGGGAAACGCUUCUUAUAUAAUUAUGUUAGAAAUGUGGCGAAAAUGGGAAUGUUUGGAUUAUAUUUGUUAAAAGGCAAAAAUAUGAAAAGGAGGAAAAAUGCAAUAAAGCAGUUCAUUAAUUGGGUCAUCAAAUAUUAAUUUACUAAAAAGUCAAUGUGAAGACAAAAUAUAGAUUCAAGUUCUGGAUGGAAAAAGCCAGUAAUUAGCCAAAAGUUUUGUGUCAAAAUUAAAAAAUUUAGUCUAAAAACAUCCUACAAAAAUUGGGAUUAAUGUUGAGAUUAUGACAGCAAAAAAAUCAAAUGAUGAAACAGAAGAAUUGAAAGUUAAGAUGCUGUGAACGUACCCAUGGACUGAGCCUUCUUUAUCGCCUUCGACACUUCUUUCUGUUUCCUUCCGCAUAAACCUGAAAAACAGAAGGAGGUGUGACCCAACCUGAAGAUGAUUUAAUCCAGAUGACCUGUUUCGGGCGAAGACUCACCUGUGAUGUGGCGGCCAUAGAUCCUGCCCGUGUGCGGCGAGAUGAACUGAGAGAGCAGCUGCAGGGCGACAAACUCAGAUUAAUCCAUGACUGAGACUCAGUCUGACUUGGGAUCAGGAGAUCCUGUCACACACCUGGAGGAGCAGAGCUGCUGCUUCAGGUGUGCACCCAAGCGCAAAGCCGCAGGGGUCUGCGCUCACAGGGAUGAACUACGGAAGGCUGGAAGUCAAAAUAAAACGAGUCUGUCAGAGGAAGAGGGCGAGAGACCACCUGAAAGCCCACCUGACACCUGCCAGGAAGAGGGGAGGGGCUGUCUGUUCCCCGCUAUGCAACUCCAACAGGAGGAUCAGCAGCAUCAUGGCUGAAAGCAGAGCUGUGGAGUACUGCAGCGACAGCGAGGAUUUAUUCGGCGACUAUGACAGCAUCUUAGGGGAUUCGUCUGUCCUGGCAAAACUGGAUGAUGCCGAGCAAAAUGAAAGGCUUCGAGGGGUGGAGCAACAACCAGAAGACGAGGAUGUCCUCUCAGACUCCAUCCUGGACGGCCUUGGAGAUGAACCCUUCGAGGACCUACCGGCCAGCCAGCUGCAGUUUCAGGAGGAAGUUCAGGAGAAGGCGAAGAGAAGCCGACUCCAGGACAGAGACAAAACCUCAACACCUUUCAGAGGACUAGCAAACGGAGAGGGUCCACCCAGGAGACCAGCCGGAACGAGGAGGAGUGUUGCCGACCAGCUGAAGAGGACGAUGCUUGGCAACGCAGCGGCUCCUUCUGCCGUUUCACGGACAGCGAUGCUGAAGGAGGCGGUGGUUUCUGAGGAGAUAAACGUCGCCAUGCAGGCCAUGGAGACUGUCUCUGCUGACAUGCCUGACCUUGGGCCAUUCUUUGGGCUUCCAAGCAAAGUGAAGGAGCUGAUGUUUAAACUGAGAGGAAUCCAGAGUUUGUAUGACUGGCAGCAGACGUGUCUGAACUUGGACUGUGUUCAGCAGAGGAAGAAUCUGAUCUACUCUCUUCCCACCAGUGGUGGGAAAACUCUAGUGGCAGAGAUCCUUAUCCUCAGAGAACUGCUGUGCAGGAGGAAGGACUGUCUGUUCAUCUUGCCCUACAUAUCGCUGGUGCAGGAGAAGGUGCGUGGUUUAGCAAGCUUUGGUCUGGAGCUGGACUUCAUGGUGGAGGAGUACGCUGGCAGCAAGGGCAGGUUUCCUCCCGUGAAGAGAAGAAACAAGACAUCCCUUUACAUCGCAACCAUAGAGAAGGCUCACAGCCUCGUCAACUCUCUGAUAGAGAGCAGCAGGCUGGAUAACCUUGGACUGGUGGUGGUUGAUGAGCUUCACAUGCUGGGUGACGGCAGCAGAGGGGCCAUUAUAGAAAUGACUCUGGCCAAAGUUCAAUAUGUGAGCAAAACAACACAGAUAAUAGGAAUGAGCGCCACUCUGGGGAAUAUCAAAGACCUGCAGACGUUUCUGAGGGCUGAAAAUUACACGAACAACUUCAGGCCUGUUCAGCUGAAGGAAUUUGUCAAACUGCACGACACCAUCUACGAGGUGGACCCAAAAGAAGAGAACUGCUUCAGGUUCUCACGUCUUCUCAACUUUAAAUACUCGAGCACGAUGCAGAAGAUCGACCCGGAUCACAUCAUCGCUCUGGUGACCGAGGUCAUCCCAGCGCACUCAUGUGUGCUCUUCUGUCCCACCAAGAAGAACUGCGAGAAUGUGGCGGCGAUGAUCUGCAAAUAUCUGAAAGAGGACUUUUUGCGGCACCGCGAGGAGGAGAAGGGCGUCCUCCUCAGGGAGCUGCGGGACAGCGGGAAUGGCUCGUUGUGCCCGGUGUUAAAGGUCACUGUGCCAUAUGGCGUGGCGUACCACCAUAGCGGGCUGACAUCCGAGGAGAGGAAACUGGUGGAGGAGGCCUACUCCAGCGGGGUCCUCUGCCUCCUCACCUGCACCUCCACCCUAGCUGCAGGGAUCAACCUACCUGCUCGCAGAGUGAUCCUGCGCUCGCCGUACAUGGCCACGGACUUCCUGAAGAGGAGCCAGUACAAGCAGAUGGUGGGACGAGCCGGCCGAGCGGGGAUCGACUCGGUGGGCGAGAGCAUCCUGAUCCUGCAGGAGAAGGACAGGAACAUGGCUAAAACACUUGUGUGUGCGCCGAUGGAGAGCUGUUACAGCAACCUGAUGCACGAUGAUGGAAAAGGCCUCCUAAGCCUCGUCCUGUCCCUCAUUGGAUUAAACCAUCUGCAGUUCACACUGUUGUCUGUGGCUGAGCAGAAGAUGUCAGCUGCUGUUGGCGUGCCUGAGAGUUUCGUGGCAAGAAAAGCUGCAGGACAGACAGUAAAGAAGGGCGUGAACUUGGCGGCGGUGAGGAGGAUGUACCUCGCCCUUGUUCUCUUCUCGUUGCUGAAGGAAACGGACGUCUGGAGCGUCUCCGAGCGUUUCCAGCUGAGCCGUGGCUUCGUGCAGACGCUGCUUGGCUCCGCCUCUGCCUUCUGCUCCUGUGUGCUGCACUUUGCUGAGGAGCUCGAGGAGUUCUGGCCGUUCAGAGCGCUGCUCGCCGAGCUGACGCGGCGCCUCAGUUACUGCGUGAAGGCGGAGCUUAUCCCUCUGAUGGAGGUGGCCGGAGUCCUGGAGUCGAGAGCAAAGCAGCUGUACGCUGCCGGCUACAAGACACUGACUCACCUGGCGAACGCCGACCCAGCCGCUCUCUGCACAGCCAUCCAGAACCUGUACAGGAAACAGGCCAAUCAGAUCGUGGCCUCGGCCAAGAUGCUCGUGAGUGAGAAAGCCGCAGCUCUGCAGGAGGAAGUGGAUGAACUGCUGGCGCUGCCCUCUGACCUGCCACAGCUCUGACAUCUUCUCAGGAGUUCUACCCUCUUUGAACACUUCUGAUCUCACUGUGACAUCAUUUCUUAUUAAAGUAACUGGGAUGUCCUCGCCGUGCCUGUGUCAGAAGCUUCACUUCCUGUUCUCCUCACCACCUUUCAGCCAUUUAUUGCGCUCUUAUUUUGUCGUCUGUACUUCUUGUUAUCACACUGAGAACACGAAGGUAGUUUUUUCACGCGAGGAAACGUUAAAGGUCAUUUUCUGCUCGUUAAAGGUUUCAGCUUCACCUGAGCAGUGUGAGUGUGUCAGGUGAGCUCAAGUGAGUCUGUCUCAACCUCAGGUGCCAUCAGCAGGAAGCUGUCAGCUGUUUUUGCCAUGACAUCAUCAUGUCUUCACCUCCACCGCACACAGAAUAUGUCAGUUGAUGGAGGGCGACCUGCACCUGAUGGUUCACUGCUUUGAGAAAAUGACUCAUUACUGCGACUUUUCUCAUUUUAGUAAAUUUUAAACAUUAAAUAUUUAAACUUUAUUUUUUGUCUGUGUUUUUUGAGCAUUUAUUUAUUCUGGAAACUGAAAAUAAUUUGUCUGCUACAUCAGACAGCUGACCUACCAAAAUAAAAGCAUGUGUGUCAUCAAA